AUGGCGAAAGACAAGCCUACCCUGAUAGGUGUCCCCCCAGAGAUUCGUCUCGUCAUUUUAGACAUCCUGCAAUUUGAAGAUCCAUGGAGCAUCUUCAGUUUCGCUGCGGUCAGCCGCAAGUUGUACAGCGAGACCAACAAAUACCGGUUCCACGACAUCCAACUGACCUUGGUCAAUCGCAAGAAACUGACUGUCGACAUCGACCGUUGGAACAAAAUUCUGCGGCAAGCUGAUUCCUUUUCGUCUGUCUUGCGGGUGACCGUCCAAGGAAGUUUACCUCCCAUCCAAGACGAGGACGACGAGGACAAGGAGCUGACAGCGGUGCCAUGGUCUAGCGCAGAAGAUCGAGACAACAUCAACGAGUUGACAAGCCGUGAGGAAUUCUACGAGCAGGACUUUGGCGGCAAACCCCAUAUCACCCCACGUCCCGAAUACUGCGGCUGGUCAACUCUGCCAGAGUUUCUGGGUCAGCUGGUCGGUCUCAAGGACCUUGUCUGGCGCUCGCUAACCCUGUUCCCCCCUCCCUUGCUUAAGGUCCUCCAAAAAAAGCUCAUUCAGACGGAUGUUCCAACAUGCAAGCUGCAUAUCAUGACCUACAGUCUGCCCCGCCACUUCCACAAACAAUCUUCGCGUCACGGCACCGACUGGUACGAGUACCAGCUAGCGACCUCCCCCUGCCUAUCCAGCAUUGUUCUCUCAUACAAUCAAAAGCAUCACUCUCGAGUGAUGACUUCGCACGAGAAAAUGAUGCUCUAUGAUUUGGCAACCAGAUUAGCCCCCAAUCUAACCAAUGUGAACAUUAUGGACGUCUCAUCGGAGUUGCCUCGCCGGCCAAACGCCCCUCCAAGUCCCACUUCCAAUCAGAGCACCCACGGAAAACCUCUGCAGGGCUUGAGUCUCACCGGCGGUGACCCUUGGGAAUGGAACAAACAGACUGACUACAGUGACCUUCGAGUUUUACAACUGUGGGACGUCGACGAGGCAAUGCUCUGGAUCGCAGCCUCCCGCGAAUAUCCUGCUUUGAAUUCGCUGGCCUUGCAACCAAAUUCUGAAGUCGAAGAUGAAACAGUAAGACGGUUCGUUUGCUCUCUGUCUCCCCUGGACAGCCUCCAUCUGUGUGGAGAAUACACUCAGGAAACUUUUCAGGCAAUCUUGGACCACCAUGGUGAAUCGCUUCGAAAGCUGUGUCUUGUCCCAGUGGGCGAGUAUGACCGCUUCGAUUACCGCAGGAUUACACCAGAGCUUUUGACGCUGAUCCGAACCCACUGCCCAAACCUCAAGGAUUUCCGAGUGCCUACUAUUCGCAGCGCAGGAAGAAGAGAGGAAUGUGACCUCUACAGGGCUCUCGGACAAUUCCUCAAGGUAAUCAACCUCACCCUAGAGCUCCAGCACUGCGAUCAAUGCGAGGACAUGGACCCGGGAGAGUUUAAGGAUUACGUUGAGAGAGAUCGUCGCCGGGAGAUGAGGAUAAAGGAGUGGUUCACUAACAUUGCAGUGGAUGAGAGAUUGGUCCGCGAAAUCUUUUCGUUCAUUGCCCGCACUUCUCCAUUGCGACGCUUGAGGAUUGGCUUCGACACUUCUUUACGCAGCGUCCAUCCGGAUUUCAAUUACAAGGGUGACCGCGCAAUCACCAAAUUCAUGAGUCGACAGUACGUUUGCUUCCGUUGCGAUGAUGACAGAUUGAUCGUACGUGAGAUUGGAGCCAAGGCAAGAAAGCUCAAGGAGGACGAGGAUCCCUGUGAGUUGUGGCCGCGCGAUGGAGCAUUCGGUUACGCCGGAUUCAGUUGGGUCUUCCCUAGUCACGCAGAGCUCGCAAGACGGAAAGAGGUGAAAAAGGAAAAAGAACGAGAGGAUCUACUUUUCGGACUUAAGUGUGAAUUGGCAAAGGUUGAGUGCAAUCCCAACGACCCAUUUAGCAAGAAGAAAGCGGAGAAAGAGAAAGAACGAAUCAUUCUGAAAUUCAAGUGGGACCACCCGGACGUGCUUGAGUGGACUGAGGCGAUGGCAGAGUACAAAGCACAGAAGGAAGCAGAGGAGCUGGCAGAGGAGAUAGCCAAGUUGAAAGCAAAGGAGAAGGCCGAGGAGAUGGAAAGACGACAAUUUGAGAGGUGGAAGUGGGUCCAUUGGAGAGAGUACGCCAAGCUUGUAUGGGCUGAGGUGGUUGCAGAGCAACAAGCAAAGGAGGAAGCAAAGAAGAAAGCAGAGGAGCACACAAAGAAGAUGGCAGACCCGAAUAGGGACUGGGGGGACGACUCGCUAGAUAGGAAGGAGAGAGAUGGCAGAUGGACGGAUCCACCACCAAGGUCUGGCCCAGGGAGAUGGUGGGAGAGAUGGUACAGCCACCCCUUGACGGAUCUUGAGCCUGAAAUCCUCUUCAAUUGUACGCGGUGA